CAAUUUAGUUUUUAAUGAAUAUUUACUUCCCUUAGGUCAAGGUUCAAGCGAAACCUUUGAUUUAAGAACCAACUUAGGCACCAUCACUGGACUUGUAGAGCCUACGAUCUCUCCGCAUUACAAUAACACCCAUAUGCACGCUUUCAAGAGCAUCCCAUUUGCCAAACCUCCAGUGGGAAAGCUGCGUUUUGCUGAACCAGUGGAUCUUCUGGAAACUUGGCCUGGUAAACAUCUACUUGCCAUUAAGACAACCUCCAGUUGUCCACUACAUGAUCCAGAAAGUGGAAAGGUCUAUGGGAGCGAAGACUGCCUUUAUCUCAAUAUUUUCACUCCAUCCAAUCUUGGUGAGGAAAACCGAGCAGAGGGCACACUCCUCCCAGUCUUUGUCUAUAUCCAUGGGGGAGCAUUCAUGAGAGGGUCAUCUUCGGCGUAUGGAGCUGCAAAACUCCUUUCUAGGGAUAUUAUUGUAGUCACCAUUAAUUAUCGCCUCGGAGCAUUAGGGUACCUUAGUAUGGGGGAUUCUGUUCUACCUGGUAACUAUGGAAUGCUGGACCAAGUUUCUGCUCUUCGAUGGGUACAGAGGAAUAUAGCUCAGUUUGGAGGGGACCCAAGUCAAGUCACCAUUGGAGGUUUUUCUGCUGGAUCUGCUUCUGUUAAUUUUCAUGCGCUUUCUCCUUUGUCUAAAGGUUUGUUUCAUCGUGGAAUCAUGAUGAGUGGCGCAAGUUUCUGUGACUGGGCUUUGAAAAUGGAUCCCGAGGUUGGAGCCAGAAUGCUGGGCAAGAAAUUAGAAUGCCCUUCAGAGACUUCCGAGGAAUUACGAGAAUGUCUAGCUUCAAAGACCAGCGACCAAAUUGUUGCAGCUCAAGGUUCCAUCCAUCUACUUGGCACUUUUCCUUUCUGGUUUGUCCCUGUUAUUGAUGGGGGACUCCGUCCUUCGCCUUUCCUCCCAGCACCCCUAGAAGAAUUGUCCCCUGCUCCAGUGCCUAUGAUUGCUGGUAUCGUCCCAAAUGAAGGUCUACUUUACUCUGUUCAAUCUAUACUACUGGCCAAACAGCCAGCCAACGUAAGUGCGGUCUAUGAGGAAGCAUCGAAGACCUUCUUCACACCUUGGCCCUAUCCAGAAACAGAGGAAGUUAUGAAAGAUUUAGGUGAAGCAUUUCACUUCAGCGAAGAAGCAAGAAUCGAUGGUGGGGUGCUCAUAGAGCAGUUGACAGAGGCAGGGACUGAUCGUCAUUUAGGACACUGCGUCUGGGAUUCAGCUUUGUACCUAGCACAGUCGGGCUCCACAGUUUACACAUAUGUAAUGACGCAUCGAGAUCCCGGGACUCCUAUUUUAGCAGCCCCUAUGUAUAAGAAGGUGAAAGCUCUGGGAUAUAAGACACCCCUUUUAGAAACAGGUGUCUCUCACGGAGAUGACGUGAUCCAAGUUUUUGACUUCCCUUUCACUUUCGGCGAAAGUUCAGAGAGAGAUCGAAGAGUUGGACAGAUGCUUCUACAUAUGAUUACAAACUUUGUAGUUAGUGGAAAUCCAAAUGAGAAUCUGGAAAAAUACAACAUAGCAGAUAUUCCGAAAUGGGAACCACUUCAGCCUGACCGCCCUGUUGGUUACUACGAAAUUGCUGUUGAGCCUGCAAUGGUGAAUAGGCCAUUCAGAGAAAAGGAACAGAACUUUUGGAAACACAUUGUACCUCGUCCAAAGUCCAGACUUCAAUCAAGAACGAGGGAAAUUCUUCAGGAAGUAAACCGAAGAUACUCAACAGAAACAUCUGGCACUGGUACUUCUGAAAAUUCUUCAGAAUCAUGUUCACCCUAAUGGUCACAUCAUCAUCUGAUUUUCAAAACAUUGGGGAAGGAUCCUGUUGGCACCUUUCUUUUGUAAUUAGCAUGCUUAUUUUCUUUCUAUAAUGAUCUGGAAAAGAAUGGGACACUUUGAUAUUAUACUUUAAUUGUUAAUAUAAACUGUCACUAA